CGAAGCGUGGGAGGUGGGAUCCAGGUGCUGGAGGUGUGCUCAGGGCAGAGAAACCUGUUGGGGCGAGAGCAAAAGGGUUUUUUUUCCACAACAGAGCUCCUUCUUAGCGAACCCAACCGCGUAGUUUUAUUCUGUGGUGGGUCUGAAGUGUGUAUGUAUCGUGUGAAGUGCUGAAGAAGCGUUACAGAAAAGCAGUGAGUGUUUCCAUGCUGCUCAGAGCACAGCCUUUUGAUUAAAAGGUGCCCUGCUGUGAGAAGGACUGAAAAUGCUUCGCAUAAUGCUAUUUAAUAAAAAGAAUUUUGGCCAGUAUCAGAGGAACUAGCAGCUGGUUGAAUGAGAAGCCAUAAACCACAACUGGAUUUUCCAAAGGUGCACACCAGGGUUUGCCACUGAUGGCUCCUGAAGAAAUUUAGCUGAUGCAGGAGAAGUAGAACAUUAUUGCUUGAUUAAAUAAUCAGCUAAAUGAUAAGAAACAAAAGAUGAACCCUCAUAGAGAGGAGUGAGGGUUGUUAUUUCAUGCCUUUUCUAGGGCCUGUUUUGUAGGGUUCAGCAUAUAAACUGACAGGGAACCACAGUGAAGUCAGGUGGUUAAUUUUUCUUGUGAAGCUGGCAGGUAUAUUGUGGUAUAGUCAAGUCCUAGUAGUGAAAUUUUCAAGUCUUUAAGCUACUGAACAGCUGAACGAUACAUAGCUGACAGCAUCGAUUGUAGGACUGUUUUGUCUUCACAAUGUUUGGGGACUUAUUUGAAGAGGAUUUUUCCUUUAUUUCAAACAAUCAUUGCGGAAAAGGGAAGAAAUCAAAGCCCAGAGAUUCUGAGCCUCCAGCUCCCAGAGACUUCACCAACCUAAGCGGUAUCAAAAAUCAAGGUGGGACCUGCUACCUCAAUUCCCUUCUGCAGACGCUGCUUUUCACACCUGAAUUUAGAGAGGCACUGUUCUCUCUAGGACCUGAAGAGCUUGGAACUCUGGAUGAUAUCAAUAAACCAGACGCAAAGGUUCGAAUAAUUCCACUGCAACUUCAACGGUUAUUUGCUCAGCUUCUGCUCUUAGACCAGCAGGCUGCGUCUACAACAGACCUUACAGAGAGCUUUGGGUGGAACAGCAAUGAGGAAAUGAGGCAGCACGAUGUGCAGGAAUUAAAUCGGAUUCUGUUCAGUGCUUUGGAGACUUCUCUUGUGGGGACUUCGGGUCACGACCUUAUUAAUCGAUUGUACCAUGGAACUGUUGUCAACCAGAUUGUUUGUAAAGAAUGCAAGAAUAUCAGUGAGAGACAGGAAGAUUUCUUAGACCUAACAGUGGCAGUAAAAGGUGUAGCUGGCUUGGAGGAGGCCUUGUGGAACAUGUAUGUGGAAGAAGAGUACUUUGAAAAUGAGAACUUGUAUCGAUGCGGAGCCUGUGAUAAACUUGUUGAAGCUUCAAAGUCUGCUAAACUACGUAAGUUGCCUCCCUUUCUCACCAUUUCUCUCCUGAGAUUUAACUUUGACUUUGAGAAGUGUGAACGAUACAAGGAAACUAGUUGCUAUACGUUCCCUAUCCAGAUAAACCUGAGGCCUUUUUGUGAGCAGACUGAAAUGGAUGAUUCAGAGUACAUGUAUGAGCUCUUCUCUGUUAUUAUACAUAAAGGUGGCUGCUAUGGAGGACACUAUCAUGUUUAUAUCAAAGAUGUGGAUGAAUUAGGAAACUGGCAAUUACAAGAAGAUGAGGAUAGGCUAAUUGAAGAUAAGGCUUUAAGAGAGAAUGAAAAUGCCAAAGAAGCAGAAAAUCCACUGGCAGUGUUGAAAGGGAUUUUAUCAGAGGAAGAAUCUAAACAAAUACCUGUAGAUCAAUUAGGGCAGAAGUUACUGGAGAAAAAAAAGGUGUCCUGGAAUAAGAAAUACCGAAAACAAUAUGGAGCAUUACGAAAGUAUUUGCAAAAUCAUCCUCAGAUAUUUCAGUUCAGUCCUGACAAAAAUAAGGUUGGUCUGAAGGAAAAAUACAAGCUCCCAUUUAAGUCAGAUUCUCAAGGACUUGAUCUCCAAAGCCCUUCUCAGAAGAAUGAUAUCCAGUGGAAUUUAGAAAAAACACCUACAAGGCUAGAGGAGACUUCUGUUGGUUGCCAUUGGUUUGAUCUGAAUGAUUCAAAAGUCCAGCCGAUCAAGGAGGAGGAUAUUGAGCAACAAUUUCAGGGUAAAGAGAGUGCCUACAUGCUGUUUUAUCGAAAGUCACGGCUAAAAAGACCUCCUGAAGCUCGAGGAAAUCCAAGAUACCAAAUUCCUGAACAUCUUCUGAAUGAAAUGAAUGCUGCUAAUACUGAGCUGCAAAAGAAGAGAGCGGAAUGUGACUCAGCAAACAAUGGUAUUGAUUUGCAUCUCCAUUUGAGCUCGUGUUACAAAUUUUACAAUGGAGCUUUGCAUCCUUCACUUACUUGGAAAGAGAGUGUACUGGAUCUGACUAUUGACAGAAGAAAAACUCUAGGAGAUCUUCGACAGUCAAUAUUCCAGAUACUGGAAUCUUGGGAAGGAGACAUGAUUCUCAGUAAUGCCAAACCUUUACCAGCAGGACUGCAUCUUUACGAGAUCCUUGAUGGAGAUGAGCUGACACUGGACUGCUUUGGGCUGGCUGAUGGAGCAGACAUUUUUGUGUGGAAUGGGAAAGAGGUUGGCGGCAUAAAGGUGAUGACAGGCCCUGAUCAUGAACCUGUGAUCAUAAACGUUCUUCGUCUGGCAGAGUAUAAUGAAGGAGGGAAGGGUCAACACUUCACAGAAUCGCAGCACAUCUUUCCGUGCAGCACAAAACUGGAGGAUCUGCACAGGGCCUUAGCACCGUCAGGAGGAAUCAUCUUAAAGAAUGGCUCAGGACCUGAUAGAGAAGGCAAGAACUGGGAAGUACUUCUUGAAGAACAGAUGAAGGAAACAAUCAGAAGUGUCGGUCUGACGGAUGGAUGUUCAGUGCUAAUCUUAGACAGCCAUGACCAGAGCUUUGUGAAUGUUUCAAGUGGCAAUUUGACUGCUUUUACAUACGACAUCAGCUGGCUCCAAGUUAAAAACUUCUGCGGAACGGAAGAUGAAGAGAAACACGUUAAAAUUACUGCCACCAUUGAAACAGUGAUGUCAGAUAUCAAAAUGAAAGCAAUACAGGAGCUUCAACUAGACGAAGAGCUAGCAAGUGACAGUUGUCUUAGACCUGUUAGUGGAAAUGGGAAACUUCUCUCUCCAGUGCCUGAAGAUUAUACUGUCAAGGAAGCGGAACUGAAAAUGGGAAGCUUGCUUGGGCUGUGCCGGGGAAAAGCUCCAACUUCCACACAGCUCUUCUUAUAUUUUAUUAUUGGGCAUGACCAACAUAUGGGCCCUGAGAUGGAGAUAGUUGUGGAAGAAACUGCCUCUGUGAAAGAAUGUCUAAAUUUAAUGCUGGAAAAAUCUGGAUUAUCAGGUGACAGCUGGCAUUUGAGAAGGAUUGACUGGUGCUAUGAAGCAGGGGAAGCAUUAAGUCAGGAAAAUGCCACUCUGAAGGAGCUUAAUGUUUGUAGAGGAGAUACUUUGGUUAUAACUGAAGGAAAGCUUCCACCAAAGGGCUUUCUGAAAAUUCCCAUCUGGUGGUUCAAGCCUUCAAGCCAUAUGAAACAUGGAGAAAAUGGACUAGACCAAGUGAAUGGGUUGGCCUGCAGGAUGGACGAUUUGCAGGUGUCUCCUGCUGGAGCUUUGUCAGAGUCUGACUUCCAUGUUGAGUCCAGUAGUGUAGACUCACCAGAAUGCAUCCAAACAGACACGGAUCUGUGUUACGCUGGCAGUAUAGAAAUAGCAGGCGAAGCCACUUUGGAAGAUCUGAAGAUGCAGGCUAUGACCUUACCAUGUUGUCAGGAGCACGUUGUCCCACUGCCCACAUUUCUCAGAGCCUGGACAGUGGAAAGUAAGCGCCCAGGCAAGCUUUUACGACACAACAAGCAGCAACUCAAUGAAUAUAAACUGGGUGCCAGAGUGGCAAUCUGCAUAGAACCUUUGCAAAAAGAAGAAAACUUGGGCCCACAUGAACUGCUGCUUCGAGUACAGAUGGGCAUACCAGGGGAGAGGGACUACUAUGACUCCGUGGAUUUGGUGUGGGAUAUCUCCAAAGAAUGCACUACCUGGUCACUGAGGCAAAGAGUGGCUUCUCACUAUUGUCUCCCUGUAGAUAAAAUUGAAAUAGCCAAAUACUUCCCUGAAAAAUUUGAGUGGCUGCCAAUAUCUAGCUGGACUCAGCAAAUUUCAAAGAGAAAACGGAAGAAAAAACAGGAGAGUUUACAGUCAGCACCUUAUCAUCUGAAAGAUGGAGAUACCAUUGGGGUGAAGAAUCUUCUCCUUGAUGACAGUAAGGACUUCAGCACAGUGAGAGACGAUCUUGGAAAGGAGAAACAAAGGCAGCUUGCAUUAGAAAAAAAGAAAAGUCGGCAAGCUGAACGCUUACAGGACCAUGUUUUGUCUGAGGAAAAACUGAAUACUAAGCAACGUAAACCAGAAGUGGCUCUUUCUAUCAAUGUGGGAGUUUUCAGAUAGCACAGGAGAUGCUUUGCUGACAAGAACCUACUGCCGAUGUACUGAAUUGGAGUACCUCAACUGGACCAGCAAGAGGGAUGCUUGUUCUCAAAGCGUCUUCAAGAAUCACCGAGACAAACUGGAUAUAGGAUUUAAGAUAACUGAUUUUCUUCUAAUCUCUCUUGGAAGUGCUUUUGCAUCCCUUUGUCAAUGUGGUACUUACUCUCAGGCUAGGUAAAUGCACUUUAUUCAUGAGAAAAAUGAAUAAUAUAUUGUAUUACCUUUUGGUGACUUUUUAUAAUCACCCUAAAUGCUCUUUUUUGUCUGAUGCUGAUGUCUUGCACCAUCACUACGAAGUUUGCUUCCUUUUUUAAUGCGGUCAUAAACAUAUCUUUUUAGAAGUUAUUCUUCCCUCUCUGAUCACUAAAGUUACUAGCGAUACCAGAGUUUACUUCUGUCUGUUUAUAUAUAAACCUAAAUCUGUAGUAACUCGAAUCCGAUUUCAGGAAUGAAGGAAAUGUGGAAGUCUCUGGACAAAGGGUAGUAAACUGACUAAGAAAGGAUUAAGUUCAGAAUUUGUCAAGCACUUAAACCUGAAGACCCUUUCUGAUAUGAAAUAGUAGUGCAGUAGCCCUACAUUUUAAAGUUGCUUGUGGUUUUUUAUUAUUCACAAGCUUCGUUAAACAAAAGGAUGGAAAAUUUGGGCGGACCUGUUGUUUGGUCUUGUAUGAGUUCUAGUGUACUCAGGAAAAAGGCUAAUAUUUGUUACACUUGAGGAAAAAUGUUUCUCUUGGAGUCAGACGGUUGAUUUACAGCCUUCACAAUAGAAGGGCACGUAGGCAGCCCACUAACAAACAGCUGAACUCAGUAUCAAAGGUUCUUAAAUGUGAAGUGGAAUGUUUACUAAAUGCUUGUAAGAUUGGUUCUCAAGAUUGAGAGUGCCUGUAACUACCUAAUGAGACCGUGUUUUCCUACCCCUGAAGCUGGGAAUCAGGGUUUACUAAAAGUUGAUGUUUAGCAUCUUCAGAUAAACUUUUCUAGUGCUUAUAAUACUUACACUGUGUUCCCCCACUGCACAUGCCUAUUCAUUACCUAAUUUCCCAUCAGGUUCAGAAUUUUCUUUGGCUUAAAUUGUCAGUACUAGUUGUACUCAAACUCUUAAUGGAAUUAACUGUUUAUAAUCAAAUUCUAAGCACACUAUGAAUGAUAAGGUGACCAUAGAAUAGCGGAAGAUAACACGAGCAUUUCCAUGCAGCAGUAAAAUGCUGAUGGCAUGUAAUGUGUUUGCCUUUUGCUGCUGGGAACCUGUGCAAAUUGAUUAUUGUAUCAAACGGAGUCUGCUAUUAAACACACUACGUAGCCUCGUUGAACUACACAAAUGUUUGGAAAUCUUUUGAAAUGAGCAAGGCAACUUUUAAAAACAACUGUUCAACAUCGCCUGAAGUAUCCAGGGUGAACAAAAUGCAAGUAAUUUUUGGACACUACUGUGUUUAAUCUGUUUCAUGUAUGGAGAAGAUUUUGUAGAAGAUGUGAGUACAGCAGACUACUAAAAUUUUGACUAAUGUGAGAAAAUUCACUGACUUCACCUUUCGUAGAUUAGUAAUAUAGAUUAGUAAUAUGCUGGUAUUUUUGACAAUUUCAAGACAAACUGACAGUAUGAACAAAAUAAAAGGGAAGAAAAGUCAAAAGUACCUCAUCUUGAAGCAUGUGAUUAGUCUUUAAUCCUUUUGAUAGGCUUAAAAUUCAGCAGUUUCUGUGCUUUCUUAUGAUGUGUCAAUCAAGGGGGUAUUUUAAUUUCCUAACUCUUCUGGUCAUAGGUGGGCUUUACUUGAAUCUUGAACUCCUGGAAUCCUACUUUCAUAGAUUUUUUUUUUUUCUGAUUGAGUUGAGGGCAACCAAUUUCUUUCUCUCCAACUCAGCUUGCUGUAUCCAACUUAUUUUGUGAAACCUUCCUCCCUGUCAGCAAGUCGUCUUGUGAGCCAAGGUUUACAGAAACUGUGGCACAUGCUGAUUAGUAAGGUAAAGGAGAAAACUUUUUUAUUUGCAAGUGCAUUGCAUUGCACUUCCUGUGCUGUCACUUUAUUUCCUACAGUUCCAUGCUGGACAGCUGUAUUGGGCUUAACCUUCCCAACUACUUCAUAAUAACUAGUCUCUUCUUGAAAACGUGAGGUUUGAAGAAAUUUAAAUAUGAAUUACAAGGACUAACGCGGGGGGGGGAUCCUAGUAUGUGCCUUUGAAGUGUAAUGUAGCAGCUUCUGCACUGAACCAGUAUUGAAUUAUUUCUAAUGUUGGCUCAAAAUGCUUUCUUUUUUUUUGUUAAAGUUAUUGUGGACUGUUCCACAAUGAGGGUUCAUUAAAAGCAGGGUGGGGAGAGGGAAUACCUUUUUAAAAUGGAGUCUUUGUGAUUCCACAGUUUGUGAUGGUUAUAUUCCAAAGCCUGGAAAAGCUUUUGUCUUUAUUUUUCAAGUGUUCUUCACAAAAUAAAGAGUGAUUUAUAGAUGUCUA